UGCUACCAGGCCAUAAUGCCAUCUUCUGAUCCCAAAGACUAUGCAUUGCACACUAGGCUGUACGGUCUGAUCGUGCAGUCAUGGGUGAGACAAGGCAGCAGGCUUUUCUACGCCUGCGUGCACCCUGCGUAGAGCUCAGUUCGACUGCGUUGAAAUUUAAAGCGAAUCAGGUGUCUGCCAAAGCUGUACUCCUCGCCCUCGAACCUGUUCAUCAUGCUUUGCAAUCCUUGGGCGACGAGAAUUUGCUGGACGUGAAAUUGGCUGAAUAUGCCUUUUUUCCACUGACGCACAUUUUCAACCAGUCCAAACAGUUCUCUUCCUCAGUCCUUGAACUCACCGUCAAAUGUGUGCACAUUCUGGUGUCUCAAGGAUGGCGGGACAAGAUUGCCCCAGAAAUGGGCAAGCAACUACUGAUUCUGAUGGGAUUGUUAGUCUCCCCCUCGCCUGGUCAGCGCAGCGAGCCUACUACGGAUGAGCUCAAGGUUGCCUCUUUUGAUUGUAUAUCGGACCUCGUCCUGCAACUGAGCAGGUCAGGAGCAAAUGUCCUCGAAGGACCAGGUGAGAGACGCAUUGUGGACCAACUCGUUUAUCAACUGCUCGAGUCAAUGGCAGAUGCCCCAUCGGAUACUGUGCAAACGAGCGCAGCACAGGCCCUAUUCCAAAUUGUCACCUCCAUCACAGACCGACCCUUGCUUGCGAGCCUGCUACCUCGUACGGUUUCCACGCUGGUUAAAGUGUUGAGACCGAGCACCGAAGCUCGUCGGACGAAAAAGGUUCUCGUGGCUUAUCUGAACCUCCUCACAGUUCUUCUGAAAAAUGUCCUCAAUGAUAGUGCUGUCUCCGGCACUACCGUUGGUAAGGCUGCUGGAUCAAAUGACGAUGCGGUCAUUCUCGAUAAAGCAUGGCUUGAGGCCACUGCACCGCAGAUUGACAUAGCCUUGGUGCAGGUGGUCAAACUCCGAACACAUGACAGUCCUGAUAUCUCAAAAGCUCUACUCGAUCUUUGCCUCAUGAUUAUCGAAGACUGUCCCCAGACUCUGGCACUGUCACUGCCGCUGAUGGUGGAGACAUUAGUUGUCAUUUGCCGAGCUUCAGAGUCCUCAGAGGCGAAUGCGGCGCUCAGACAUUUGAUGAUAUCCAGGCAAGAUAUCCAGGACAUCUUAAAAGCAAAGAUCUACGAUUGGAGCCAAGCACUCCCACGCAUAAUGCAAGGCAAUGAUGAUAGGCCCAAGCAGCAUAUGCUUGAUCAAGUUGCGACUGCUUUUCUGGCCUUGACUGACGUUUCCGAAUCGACGGAGGAAUUGAGUAUGGCCAUCGGAUCUAUAUUGAUUGACGGAGUAUCUGCGGCUAUUGCUUCUACAUCAGCCAAAUCUAAGUUGGUUAACGAGGCUCCACAUGCUUCCGGUGUUGGCCUGAUCCAGGAUACUAUGCAGAUCGAGAGCAAUUUUGCUCCUCUCGUGCUGAAUCAUCAGAGCCAGCGAGGUUCUACAAAAGCAAUCAACAAGCUGGUCGAUGCACUUAAAGACCAUCAGUCUGCCAAAGCUAUAACGCGCAACUUGAUAGACCAUAUUCCGGAUCAUGACAAUAACCGCAGUCUAUCGGCCACGUGGCUAGCGUUGAGCUUUGUCCAAGGACCUGCUUCACAGCUCUUCGAUAUGGAUGACUUCGUCAUGGGUGAAUCAUCCCCUUCAGAUUUAUCCCUUUCCCGGCCAUUCCUAAUCUCCGACCUCUAUGCAAUGACCUUACCUUGGCUUCUGGAAUCUUCAGAGUCAUACAAUGACGACAGCCCCGAUUGGCGGCUCAUCGCAUUUUCUCUCGAAGCUCUCGUCUUGCAAGCAAAUCAACUCGGCAAGUCGUAUAGACCAGAACUGGUGGAAACAUUGUUUCCUGUGUUAACUCUUCUGGGAUCUCAAAUUCCUAUGCUUCAGCAACACGCAAUGACUACCUUGAAUCUUCUAGCCACAGCUUGUGGUUAUCCGUCAGUAUCGCAGCUGUUGAUCGAAAACGUUGACUAUCUCAUUAACGCCCUCGCCCUCCGAUUGAACUUAUUCGACGUGUCGCGCGAAGGCCUUCAAGUUCUUUCCAUGAUGAUCAGACUAUGCGGCGCCAAGGUGCUGCCUUACCUCGACGACCUGAUUGGCAGCAUCUUUGGUGCAUUAGACAACUUUCAUGGGUAUCCUGCUCUCGUUGAACAGUUGUUCGAGAUCUUAAAGCUGGUGGUGGAGGAAAGCACGAAGCAUCCCGAAUUUCUUGCCAUCGACUCUGGAGCUCCGUCCAAGGAUCAACCAAUCACCCAAUACAAGACCUCUACCAUUGAGGACAUCAUACGUGACUUACGAGCAAGAAAAGAACGAAAGAGCAAAACUGAUGCUGAGCACGAGCAAGCCACAUCUACACCACGUCAGCCGUGGUCGAAUACACAGACAGAUGUAGGUGUAGAGGACGAUGGUCUACAGAAUAAUGGUGAGGGCGCCGAAGACGACCCUACUGGACCAGUUGAUAAGAACAACGAACCUGCAUUGUCAAAGUCCCAUCAACUUCUUCUUAAUAUCGCCCAAUCGACAGUACCGCAUCUCUCAUCUCCCUCUGAUAGGGUACGACUAACUCUUCUGUCAUUAUUGCAAGACUUGUGUCUUCUACUUGAAAAGGACGAGAAUUCGUUUCUACCACUCAUCAAUGCUAUCUGGCCUGCAGUCAUACCUCGACUAGUAUCUAGCAAGGAAAAUUCUAUGCAUGACAUGCCAUACACGGUCCAAGCGGCAGCCGAUACAGUUGCCAUGAUUUGUCGGGCUGCAGGGGAUUUCAUGGCAAGCAGGAUUGAAGAGGUAUUCUCGGAUAUCGAGGCACUCUUUCGUCAAACUUACCACUCUGUAUCAGCUUCCCAGAAAGGGCGACUUGCACACCCAAAAGGAAAGGGGCUAUUGAUCGACUCGAUUACAUCCUCUGAACAAGGCCUGGUACUGGAAGUCGGUGGCGAGCCUAGGGCCGGGGCAAUCUCCAGAUCUUCUGUCGAGACCACUUCAAGAUCUUCCGAUGCGCAAACCCUGAGUGCCUUGACUCGGCUAUUUGUCUCCAUCUUAACCAACGUUCGACUUUCCGAGGACAGUGCUGACAGAGUUUAUAAUCUACUUGCACCGUUGCUGGCUACGAGUGAUGGAGAGCAGGUUAGGAAGGCGUUGUUCAGUUACAAUGAAGAUGCCGUGUGGCUCAUUGAGCGGCACACAAAAGACUCAUUUCAUGAGGAUAGCCAUGUUUAGAUUGGCAUACUGCGACAACUUCGACGGCAAUUAUCCGGCACGUGGAAUGUUGCACAGAUGC